AUGAUGAAGACUUCGUGGUUUGGGCAAACUUCGGGAAUGAAUCCGACAGUGACUCCGACCCUGAGGCUAAUGGGUGGAUGGAAGCUUGAAACAGGGCGAUUCGCUUUGAUGGUUACAUUUCCAGUUGCCGCAUUCUGGUUUUUCAACCAACCUUCAUUGUUCAAAGUGUUUAUGAAAGGGUACAAGGUGCCGGAUAGUAGAGAGGGCGAUGCUGCAAUAGCUCAGUUCAAAGAGCAGCUUCUCGCUCAAAAACGAAAAGAUGAGAAGUUAAUGUAUCGUAGAGGAUUGAUAUCUGAUGAUGAGGAUGAUGACGCACAUCCGUCGGAAGCGACAAUGCAUUUCAGUGCGAAGCUAACAGCUGAAUUCCGCAAAGCGUUCCCGCUGAGGAGUGAAUCGAACCUUCGUAAACCGACGCCUAUCGCUACCCCUUCUCUAACACAAAUAUCGAAACGUUUGAAUUUUGAUGAUAGCUUUAACACUAGUUCAGGUGAGUUGAGUUUUCGGAAUGGAAAGCAGCACGUGGACCAACUGCAACAGGAAAUCCUGAAUCUGAGGAAAGAACUGAUUAGGCAAAGUCACAGCGUGGAAAUCGAGAAUGUCAGAACUGAGCUCAACAAGGUACUGCAUUCUCGGGACGAAUGGCAUGAAGCAAGCACUCGAUUCCAUCGCUAUUUUAAAUGUGCAAAAGCGAGAUUGAUGGUCGCAGAAAGUGAACUUCGCCGCCGAGGAUUGUUGAAGGGAAACGUGAAAACAGCUCUAACGUCAGCUUGGACGUCAACUGAGGACAACAUUCAAGAUAUUCAAGGGAAUCUUUGCGAUCUUCUCAGGGAUGCCUCAACGACUCUAGAAGAGCUGGACAAGGAAAUGAACGAUGAGCGAGAUGACGUAAGGGAAUAUAUGAAGAGCCUCACACAGAAGAGUGCCUCAUCGAAUGGUGACGAAGAUGACGAUUCGAGUACAAAUGAUACAGCAAUGAUCUUUGAAGGCUCAGUCGAAAACGCAGAACUGGAAGCUCCGUUUGCGACAACACGAAUCGUGAGCCCACUGACGCGGGAGAUGAAACUCAAAUUAUUCAUUUUACGCAACAACACCAUUCCAGUGUGCUGUGGAUGCAUAUAG